AUGCCCUCGAAGAAGAAGCAAAGAACGAAAUCGCCAUCAAUCGCACCCCCCUCCUCCCCCUCCUCCCCCUGCUCCACUCGCUCUCCUUCCUCUUCUUGUGCUCCCGCCACCAACCCAACCGCUAAUAAGAAGACCUCCCGGCGCAGAGCAGUAAAGACCGAACCCUCCGAUCCCGACCUAGAACUCAACCUGAACCCAAUCGAGAUUGAGGAACUGCAAGUAUGGGAUGGAACCCCAAAGCCGCAGGUAAAAUGCUGGGUCGAAAUCCCUACCCCAGAUUUCCGGUCGCAGGAGGAUGAGUUGAUGUUCGUAAGACCAAGGAAUAAAGAAGCUUUGAGGAAAGAGAGGAAGCAUAAAGAGUACGAUGAUUCGUUUGUUUGGCAUGUGGAACAGGUGCCGAGCGAUGCGGAUCCGUUUCACUUUGCCCAGGAGGAUUUGGAUAGGGCGAGUGGAAUUGAUGCCAACCGGAUUGUUGCCGUUCGGCCCAAGGCGACAUUAGAUACUGUGGCGAGGAAGAGAAAGAGCAGUUCUACUCCAGUACAGCCUGCGAAAGCGUUGGGGAGCAGACCAGCACCGGUAGCGACUCAACAAGCACCAGCACAGGCAAGUGGAAGCAGAACUCAGAGCGAAGCAGUGUUGGAGCUAGCGGAGGAAGCAAGGGAUGAUGGCGGGUUGGAGGAUCUCUUUCUCGGCAGUACGAGCGGUGCGGGAAUGGAAGUGGAUGAUCCGUUGUUCUUUGAGGACGAACGUAGUAAUUAUGAGGAUCGGUUGCGGAAUGGGACUCGUGGGCGGGCAGAAAGGGUGGUGGAGAGACAGAGGAUCAAGCAGUCUCCCACGCUCGGUGAUCGGAUUGCUAAGCCCUCAUGUACCGCACGGCAAGUUCGUACACGCUCUUCUACUCCACAACCAGCAACCUCGUCGACAAGACCCUCUAUCAAGUCCCAAGAGUGGACGGACCAGGCGCGGCUCAAACGUAAGAAAGAUAAACAGGAGACGCGUAAACGAAAGCAAGCUGAGCUCGAACAACAGGCUAAAAAGCGGAAGAAAGAUGCCAAAACACCCAAAUCCAAAAUCCACGAGCAUGAUACCGAAAACGACGUCAAACCAGCCGCUGAUGAUGUUAAGAACCUUCGCUCGGAGCUCAACGAAGAUGCCUUUGCGCGUUCGACUGGCGCUAGCCAUAAAGAGGAAUACAGGAAUAAGCUGGCUAAGUUCGCACAAGCAAGGAGGAAAGCUAGGUUGGAGAGGGGUGGGGGGAAGAGGGUGGAGAGUGUUUCCCGUGGCAGUAGUAGCAGUUCGAGCAGCAGUAGUAGUGGGGAUAGUAGUAGUGAUAGUGAAGAUUUUAUCGUGAGCGAUGAUCAAUUCGAGUACGAUGAUGGACUUGAAUCUUCUUCUCCAGCUCCUAGACCUCAGACUCAGCCUAGAUCAGCAGUCGCUUCCAACAACAACCGACACAGUAGGUGGCAGAGAGAUAGCGACGGGCGUAUUCGCCUUAUUCCCGUUUUUGAGCUUACGCAAGAGGGUGCUUCGGGUGGUGGCGGGUCGGUUCUUGCAGCGCAUGGAUUAGGGGCGCUUGGGGCGAGGAAAGGGAUCGACGAACUUUGUCUUGAUUGGUUAGAAUGGGCUGUAGCGCGAGUGUUGCUUACUUGGUCUUCGUUAAGUUUGCAAGAUAGGCAAAGGUUAGAGAGGGCAAGGGCGGCGCUGAAGAGUAAGAUGCGAUCCAUAGAGGAAUCGGUGGGGAGUGUGACGAUGAGGAGACAGUUCAAGUGGUAUCUUAUGCAGUAUCCCAAGAUCGAACUCGAGGGGAUGUUCAGUGAUGAGCUGGAUCAGUUCGGAACGCUGGCGAAACAAGGAUGUGGAGUUUGUCAUCGACGAUCUCAGAAACCGGCGUUUAAGGUUACGUUCAGUGGGUUAAGGUACAAUCAGGGGAAUAUUGAACCGUUGAAACGAGACCUUCCGCCCAACUCUGGCUCCGAGUCUGAAUCCUCUUCCUCUGAUGACUCGGACGAUUCAGAUUCGGAUCGCAGCUCAGAAACGGAAACGUGGAGGGAAGAGGGGGAGGAUGCAAAAGGAAGACCAACCUAUACAUUCUUCGCUGGAAACUCAUGUGCGCAUAGAGCGGCAGUGUUGCAUAAGUUACACCAUUGGGAAUGGACGACGAUGCAAACCUUGGGGAAACAUGAUAGCAUUAGGUUCGUGAGGAGAUUGUUGUGGAGAAAAGGUAAGGAUGGGAGAGGGAAAGAUGGGAAAUUAGGGGCAGGGGCUUGGGAGGUUGCGUUUUGUGUGAGAGAGAUGAUCAGUCCUAGUGGGAGAGCUACUUGGCCGGGAAAGGAGAAGGAGAAGGGGAAAGGAGAUGGGAAGGAGUUGGAAAGGUUGAGGAGGAGGUUGAAGACUUUACAGGAGAUGGCUAUUGAUGUUAAUCGUGCGCGUUGA